AGAACGCAAAUCUCGUGUUGGAGGAAGCCACUCCGAGUAAGUCCGUGGAUGACGAGUGGUAGGCUGAGCAUCACCUCUCCCAAUUGAACAGCGUUGACACUUUGUGCCCUGACUGAGUCAGUCCUAUUACACGUGUUGAUGUGUACAGCCCUCCGACACGUAGUGUCUUUUAUGUAAUACACGCAGCCGCUGCUGAGUGACACAAACAUCCGUAAGCGCGUGAGCCUCAAUGUGGCUUUUUUUUUGUGGUAAGCAUCGUUUUCUCUUUUCUUCAGUUCUCUGUCCGUUACCCGCCCCUCCGUUGUGCCCCUGUGACUUCCUGUCGGAGAGGCUGCCUCUGCUCGAUCGGACGGGCCAGCAAAUCGCUUCCGAGCAGCCCCAUCGUCUUUUCAUUUUCUCGCAUCUACCAUCGUACGUGGUGGAAAUAGCAUGUGACGGUUUUCUUUUGUGCAUAUAUUUAUCUACUCAGACGCCCCUCUCAUUUUGAUUUGACUUAGCAAUGCCAAAAAUACCGCUCGCCGUCGUUUCCACUUCAUCCGACGACUCCGAUGGCUCCGACGGUGACUUGGCCACCAACUUCCGUGGAACCAACUGGACAGUGCUGAACAUGGCCAGCAUUGAGUCUUUCCCCUUCUCCGAGGUGUCCCAUCAACCCUAUGGGAUGGAGUCGACCUUUCUCGACUCUACUCCGCACGGCCCCUCCAACCUGCGGCUGCGCGGCUCAGCUUCUGGCGCACAGGAUAUGGCGUCGAACGUUCUCAAAGCCAGUCCACGAAGCCCUCGGCCACUCUAUACGCAGGACCUGCACUCCCGCUCGUAUCUGCAAACACUGUUCAAUGCGACGCACUCACGCGACAGCAAUAGCCUCAACAGCACUAUUACCUCUGCUGUUGCGGUCGCUGCGAAGAAGAAUGGAGUCGUCAGCCCUGCCACACCCCCGGCAAAGGUUCCUCCCGCGAUGUGGGCUGUCAAGCAUACAACAGACCUCUCAACGAACUCUGCCGUGCCGGGGCCACCGCCGAUGUCGCGUCGAGCACGCAAGGUGAAGCCCGUCUCACGCCGGACACGCUUGCUGCAGGUCGGCGUACCGCAGUGGCGCGACAACGACAGCGAUAUGGAGCUGCUGGUGCGGCGCGAAGUCAGCAAGAACCUACCAGCCAGCCCGGCGGUGACAGAGAAGUCUGCGGUGCUGUCGUUGAGCUCCUCUAGCGACUCGGAGGGGCUCACGCCGCCUCCGCCGUGGGUGGAGUCUUCUCCGGUGCACAACGGUGGCACGGACAAAGCAGAAGCGCUGAAGAGCGCAGAGGCAACGAAACUCGCGGCAGCAAAGGCGCCGGCAGCAGAAGCAGCGAAGGUAGGAACCGAUGCUGCCGACGGUGCGCUAGGGUCCGUCAAACUGAAAGACAAGAAGCCGCCUCUAUUAACGACCGCGACUCGUCUACCAUUGCAAAAGAGCAGCGUCUCAUCGCUUGGCGAGGCCAGUGCUGCGCCGCCGCCCUUUGCACAUACACAACCGCAAUGUGUGUCCGCUGCUUCCGCGAACAGCGACGCUCAUCGUACGUCUUCUCCUUCAAAGCCGUCUCCGACGCAACCGGAUGCGAUCCAGCAUUCCGCCGUGCCCGCUACGUCGACCGCCGCGGCCCAAAACAACGUUGCCUUUUCUCCUUUAAGAGAGGCAGGCCGCGUAGCCCUGUCCGCGACACGGCGUAUCGUUCCCAUCGCUAAAGAACAACAAGACAAACUCUCCAAAGCAUCCACCGCCGCUUCCUCCGCCAUGCCUGUGCAGACGAGGAGCAACAAUCGUGGGGAGAUCGUUGUGCGCUCUAGCCCGGAUGCAAAUGGAGAUGAAGUGUCCUCGCGUGGUUUGCCUUCACGGCGAGUGGAGCCGAAGCGUUCGAUUGACCUCCCAGGAAGUAGCCAUGCAAAGGCCAUCGGUGAUUCGAGCGGCGCUGCGGUUCUCCCGCCGGUCUCUCCUUCUUCCGCUGGUGUUGUCCGCGGGUCCGUCCCUACUAGCGCCACCCACGCCCCGGCACCGAACGUAGCUGCCUCUGUUGACUCUCCGCACUCGGCGAAGCGCGAGCAGUGGCGUCGCAAUGGGCACCAGCAAUUGUCGCCAACGCAGUCAAAGGACACAGAUGAGCACGAGACGGUCUCCGGCUUGGUUGAGACCGUCGUCGUGCACCCACAAGUCCGUUAUCCGGCGCACAAGCCACUCAUCACGUCGCCAAUCGAGUCGACGGCGCUUCCCUUUCCAAGCAUAGAAGGUAGACGGAGUCUCGAUAAUGUGAGGAACUCAUUCCCCGCUCUCUCCCCGCAGCAGCUCGCCUCGGCCACUGCGGAGAUGCCACUGCAUGCGGGGCGAAGAGCGGAGAACGUGGUGCCUUUCGUGGACGUCUCACCGGCCCAGCACUCCGACGUCAGCGACGCCCUUCACACGACGGACUCGAUGCACACCGCGUCCACCCUCGUCACGGACUCCCCGCCCACGCUGCGGCCGCAGACACGCGCCUUCACGGAGAAGGCGGACCUCGCGCCGAGCUCCUCCAGCUUCGUGUCGCCGUCGAGCAGGGCAGCGGCGGAGCGACUCGUCACCUUCGUCCGCGCCGUCUCCGACCCGGAGGUGCUGCACGUCAUACACGAUUACUUGGUGGAGCACAAGCGGACUAAUCCGCGCUACCGCCUCGCCGCCACGGCCUGUGAGGAGCUGCUGGAGCGGAAGGAAGAGCUGCUGAAGACGCAGGAGCCGCAGCUGGCGAAGGCGGACGACACGUCGCGCCGCGGUGUGUGCGACCACGCCACCGAAGCAGAGUCAUUCAUGCUGGACGUGACGCAGACGGAGGAUGCAAAAGAGGCGACGAACAGGGCAGCAGAGCUUCAGCGGCUCUUAGCGGAGAUCGCCGCCGAGCAGCAGGACCAAGGGCACGACCCCGACGCGGACGAGUUCGAUGACUUCAACUUCUUUGACACGCCGUACCCCACUCAGGGCCACUUCAGCUUUGGUCAGCCGACCGUCUCCGGCGUUGUGUCGCGCGUCUUCGCGGAAGGCAUGCUCUUCAAGAUCAAGACCGUCAACGGGGAGUACUACUUCUACAACGACACCCUCCACGAUGUAAUGAUGGUGCGGGUGCAGUGCGUGCUGCGCGGCACCGAGGUGAUCAACGAGCGCGCCAUGCUCGCCCCGGUGGAAGGGUCGAGAGAAACGGAGGUCACCAUCGCGGUGCUGCCGGAGGAGACGAACUUCUUCAUGAGCGGCGUGUCACACCUCCCGCACUUCAUGGCGAAGCGAGUCGCCGUGCCACCCGACUACGUCUCUCCGUCCGUCACGCAGUCGCUGCGGAAGAUCAACGCCGAGAUCAACAGCGUACGCAAGGCGCUGGGCAAGUGGAGCCGCGCCUCGGAUCAGGAUGCGUUUCUCAAGUGCUGUCUGAAGAACCACCUGAGGUUUACGGACCUCACCUUCCGCCCCUGUGCGGAGAGUCUCUCGCGGCGCGACUGGGAUGCGGUGGCGAUUCCACCCGUGACGUGGCGCAGGCCGGAGGAGUACGUCUACCUCCCCGAGGUGUCGCAGGUGCGUCUGUUCCGUGGUGAGAUCUCGUGCUUUCUGGUGAAGCAGGGCGAGCUGAGCAACCACACCGUCGUGGCCGCCAUGGCCGCCGUGGCGCAGUUCCCGCAGCACGUGCGGUGGAUGUUUCGCCACCCGGUCAGCGCCGACGUCGGCAAGAUGGAGCGCGCCGAGGGGUGCUACCGCGUGACGCUGCUGCACAACGGCUGGUGGAAGACGUACGUGAUUGACGACUACGUGCCGGCCUCGCAGACGGGCCCGCUCUUCGCCAGCUGCGCCGAGGAUCCGCGGCGACUGUGGGUGCCGCUGCUGGAGAAGGCCUACGCGAAGUGUCUCGGAUCGUACGCGGCGACCUGCGUCGUUGAUGCAAUGGAGGCGAUGGGCGACUUCACCGGGUUUCCGGCGCGCUACCUCGACGCGCAGUGGGCCGCGGCGCAGUCGAAACCGACGGAGGCGCCGUCCCGCACCCUCUUUAGCUACGUGAACCGCGUCGUGCGGGCGGGGUGCACGGUGCUGCUUUUCACCCCCGCCGCGUCCGAUGCGCAGUCGAAGAAGACGGUGGACUUCUCCAGAAAGCGCUUCUCGCGGCUGCUGCCCGUGAAGGGCGUCAUGCCGCAGUUCCUGCCCGGUCACAUCUACUUCCUGCACGACGUCGCCUUCUACGAAGAGCUGGACCUCCGCAUGGCGCAGCUGAAGAACCCGUGGACGUGGGAGACGAAGAACAAGAUGUACUGCGAGAAGAAGUGGAAGUACACGACCUGGUACGACCGCCCGGACGUCAGCAUGAGUGCGAUAGGUUCUGCAUUGGGCUCUUCUGGCACCCUCAUCUCCGUAUCCAGUUCUGAGCGAAGAGCGGCCGGUGCAAAGGCGGGGAUGACGAAAGAGGAAAGCCUGAAAAACGACCGCAAAGGGACGAUGUGGGUGGAGUGGGGCGAGGUGCUGGCCGCCUUCGCUGGCGGCGGUGUGUGCUACACCCUCUGGAACUACCACCGCUACCGCACCAGGAACUCAUUUGUGAAUGGACGGCCCCGCUUCGUGCUGGAGGUGCGGACGCGACGUAAAAUCGAGCUGUUCGUCACGCUGUCCCUCGAGACGGUGAGCGAGACGCUGGACAGCUACGGCACCGUCGUCGCGUCCCACCCAACCCCGCUACACGGAACAGCCAUGUCGGUCGUCCGGCGGGUGUCAAAGCAGUCUGCCCGCGUCGUCAGUGAGUCCUGCGAGGACGUGGAGAGCAUUGCGGCGCGCCGCACCUACGUGGUCGCCAAGGACGUGUCCAUGAAGCUCAGCAUCGACCCACGCGUGGCGGACGGCACGGUGCUCGUGGUGCCCUUGCUGAACCCGCAGGCAGUGGAAGAGAUGGCAGCGGCGGCAUCCGCUAAAACCGGUGGUGGCAGUAGCGAUGGCAGUGCCUCUGCUGCGUCCCAGGCCCAAACCGAGGUGCGAUUUGUGCUCUCCGUCGUGAGCGACGCCGUGGCAGGAGACGGGGAGGACUUGACCAUCAGUUUUGUGUCGAUGCGGCGCAGCUGCGGCGUCUUCACGGACUCCACCGCACCCUUCGAUCUGGAGAGCACCUCGCGUGUGACCUCGCUCUAUCAAAUCUGCACGGAGAGGGGGGUGACGACGCUCGAAGGGAACCGCAUCUGCGACGCCGUGUCCGGGCAGCAACCUUCUUGA